AGCUUCUUUUCUGUGUGUCUCACUCUCGUGCUAAGUAAAUGGGCGGACAAUCGGUUGAGUUGUUUUAAAAACUUGGAAUUUAUAUUUUGUAUAUUUACCGAAUUUUUUGUGUAUUGUAAAUUCAAUGUCAACGUUUUUGUUUGAUUAAAUUCAUAUUCUAAUGUGAUAAAACGCCGUUUAACUCGCCAAACAGUCUACAUAUAGUUUAUAAAAAUUGCCACAAAAAAGUCUCAAAUCUUGUGUCUGCGCUCAGAAAAAAGUGUAAAGUGUUUUAUCAAUUUUGGUUGUAAAUAUGUAUUUUAUUUCUGUGUGAGAUAAUUCAUGCUACUAUCUUAUUGGCCAUAAAAUUCAUUUAAAUCCCGUUCACAAGCCAAACACACACAGAAAAAAAUCUUCAAAAAGAAAACCAUUUGACUACGACCGCGUAACACAUUAAAUGCCAGAAUCGUACACAACAAGAAUGGAUGGAAGUGCUACUAUACUACAGACCGCAGUGAGCCAAAGUAAUAGCUCAACUAGUUCAAAUUCAGAAUUGGAUAAAGAUCUGGCUGAAAUAGAUUUAAAUGGAAGCAUAACCAAUGGCGACCCAAUCGAGGGAGAUGAAGAGAAUGGUGGAACGAGUAGUAAUGGUUCAGUGAUUAUUAUCAACAAAACUAACACACUAAAAAAACGUUUAUCGAGUAGUAGAACACCAACGAGAAAAGCGAAACGAGUCCGUUUCUUUCGGAAUGGCGAUAAAUUUUAUGGCGGUGUUGUGAUUCCUGUAUCAAAUGAACGUUACAGAUCUUUUGACAGUCUGGCUGAGGACUUGACGCGAAUUCUCGAAGAUCGUGUGUCAGGUGCUGUGCGCAACAUCUACUCAACAUUAGGAAAGAAAAUCACAAGCUUGGAUGAGUUUGAUGACGCGCAAAGCUAUGUCGUUUGUGUGAAUAAUGAAAGUUAUAAGAAACUGGAUUACACUUCUUCUCCACUUGGUCAAAGUAAUAAAACGACAAAUCGCUUAACAAGAUCCCAACGACCGGCAUCACCACUAAAAAUUGGCUCUAAUGGAGCCAACAUCAAUGGAUUCGAUAAAGUGGACCUGAGCGAACGUGAUAGCGUUGUGCAUCCACGCAUCGUAACUCUCAUUCGAAGUGGAACAAAACCACGAAAAAUACUUAGGCUUUUAUUGAAUAAACGAAAUAGCCCAUCGUUUGAACAUGUUUUGACAGCAAUUACCCAUGUGACCAAAUUAGAUACGGGAUGCGUUAGAAAAGUUUACACACUAUCCGGAACACAAUUACAGACGUUGGCCGACUUUUUUGGUGAUGAAUAUGUAUUUUUUGCAUAUGGAAGCGAACGUGUAAAUGCUGAUGAUUUCCGAUUAGAAGUAGAAGAAUUAAAGGCUGUACAACAGACAAGAAAAACAUUGCGCACAGGAAGUGCACGAAGUGGCCCCAAACCGCAGAUGCCCAUUAAGAAUUCCGUUAAUUUGCAUGAUACAACAUUUGAAUGUGACGAUGAUACAGAGUUGGUAUCUAGCACACAGUGUGAUGAUUCAAAUCCGCUUGGUUUACCAGAAAUCAUUCAAAAUAACUAUACAUUGGGUCCGGUUAUUGGUGAUGGAAAUUUCGCUGUUGUACUAAAAAUCAAACGGAAAAGCGAUAAAAAGAACUUUGCCUUGAAAAUCAUCGAUAAGUCGAAAUGCAAGGGCAAAGAACAUUAUAUUGAUGCCGAAAUAAGAGUAAUGAAAAAAUUGAAACAUGAACAAGUGAUGUCAUUACAUUUAAACUUCGACACGCCAGCCAAUAUGUUUCUCAUAUUAGAGUAUGUCAGCGGUGGUGAUCUGUUCGAUGCAAUAACACGUGUAACUCGUUUUUCCGAAUCUGAGGCACGUUUAAUGAUUAGACAUCUCGCAUCGGCUAUGGCUUAUCUACAUUCCUUAUCGAUUGUUCAUCGAGAUAUUAAACCGGAGAAUUUACUUGUCGAAUUAGAUGAGGCAGGACAUAUAACACAACUAAAGUUGGCUGACUUUGGUUUGGCAUGUGAAGUAACGGAGCCGCUAACGGCUGUUUGUGGAACACCCACUUAUGUUGCGCCCGAAAUAUUAAUGGAAACUGGAUACGGGUUGAAGAUUGAUGUUUGGGCGGCUGGUAUUAUUUUGUAUAUUUUACUUUGUGGUUUUCCACCAUUUGUGUCACCGGACAAUGAGCAAGAGCCACUUUUCGAUGCUAUUUUGUCGGGUGUUUAUGAAUUCCCAGAACCAUAUUGGAAUGACAUCGGACAAGAAGUUCGUGAUUGUAUCGCAAAUAUGCUACAGCUUGAUCCAGAUCUUCGAUUUUCAAGCGAAGACGUACUCGACCAUCCAUGGACACUCAAUACAAUCAGCACCAAUAAACUAGAUGAACUAAUUGAUCUGAGUUGAAUGGUGAAAACACCACAACAUUGAAAAUUGUGGAAGAAUAUAUACUUUUUGCCACGUUUGUAUAAAGAAAAUGUAUACGUCGGCCGAUGAGUAAAAUGUUCCAUCAUUGUUUCAUUUUUGCGAUAUGUAUUUGUCACAUUAUUAAUAAUACAUAUAAAAUUAUUAUUUAUUUGCUAGUUUAUUGAAUGUUUGAGAUGCAUUUCAUGGAGGGAAAAAUAUUGAAUAAUGAUCAAGAAGCUUCCUUUAAAAGUGUAUUUAUUUGUUUGGCCAGUUUAAGGCAGAAAAGACAUCGAUAUUAAUAUGAUUUUUUUAUGUUUUGGUAUGAUGGUAUUUGUAUUGUGCAUAAGCAAACUUUAUAAAUUAGAAAUUAGAACAUACGAAAACAAAAUAUUUUCGUUUGAAAAAAAAUCAAGCAUAUCCAAAAUUUAAUUUAAAAAUAAUUAUAAAAUGAAUGGAUUGGUUUGAAGAAAAAAGAGAAUGAUGUGUUGUGAUUGAUUGAAUUGUAUACUUUAUAAUGCUUUUCAUCUAUUUAUUUUGGCAUAGGUCAAACAUUCGUAUUUCCAAUUGUAUAUUAUUGUCUCAAAAUAAAAUGAACCGUUCAUUGUUAUUGGUGAAUAACGUUGGCUUCAAACGAAUAGGAAUUUUUCUCUCGAAAAACAUCUAUCCAAGUUAUUCCGUAUCCGAUCAGUUCUAUCUAAAACACAAAUUCCUUGUACACGAAACCAUUCUCUCAUACAAUUGAUUUUUUUAUAAAAUUUUACACAUUUACGUCUCAGCAUAUUGACUGCUUUGGAUCCCAAUUUCAUUGACAUAAAUUAUUUAAAUAGCGUAUUAUUAUUAUUAUUAUUAUUGAACAAAAAUACUUGUAAAAUACUAUCCUCCCUCAAUUCGAAUGGAAUGAGAUUUAUAGUGAUAACCUUAUUGUUAUUUGAACAUAAUGAGAUAAGGAAUUUGUAGUUUGUAAUUAAUUUAUAAACGCAAAUUUAUUUGCCAAUGAGAUUCAUAACCUGUACACAUACAUCCAGAAUAUAAGUGUAUUUAAUUCAAGAAUAUUUAUGAUGAAAAGACAUUUUAUACUAUACGGAUAUGGACGAUGAAAAAAGAAGACUUUUUUUUCGAACAGAAUAACAACAAAUGCAGUAUUUAUUUAGGCAUAACUACACUUUAGUGAACUUUCUUCAAAUGGCUCUAUUUUUUUUAUAUGAUAUGCAUACGUAGUAGCAUAUUCCAUAGCAACAUGAAUUUUUAUGCGGCAGCAUAUUUUUGAUGACUUACAUCAGCACAUAUAUAUAUCAUAUGAAUUAAUGUCUGGGUGAAAUGCGAAUUAGUGUUUUGACAUAAAUUCGCGUUUUGUGCGAAAUAAUGUUUGAAUGUAAAUUGGGAAUUAACGUCUAGACAUAGAUUCACAUUUUUAGCGAAUUAAUGUCUGAAUAAAACUGCGAAUUAUUGUCUGACCCAAAUACUGCAAGUUGUCCGCAUUGUGUUUUAUCCUCAGUAUGUUCUGCAAAAUUACUGAGAGGGUAACUAAAGUGGCCUGGCAUGGCACUUUACUGUGUUGACCAAUAGAGUAAAGUGCCAAUGAGCCUCUUGAAUUACCCUCUCAGUAAUUUUGCAGAACAUACGCGGAUAACUUCGCUAGACAUUAAUUCACUUAGCUUUUAUGUUGUAAUUUUAUGCUGCCGCACAAAAAUUGAUGUUGCUAUGCAAUAUUCUACUACGUAUGCAUAUCAUAUAAAAAAAAUAGAGCCAUUUGAAGAAAGUUCACCAAAGUGUAGUUGUGCCUUUAUUUAUGCAGAUGCAACUGAUGAAUGGGAAAAUAGUUGAUUGUAAAUUUUGCGCUUUUUUGUUAUAAUUUUGUAAAACCACUUUUUGGCAUUUUUUAUAAAAUCAAAAGAAAAAACUGUUAUUUUGCAAAUAAUUAAAAAUCUUGAAACACAUCAUUAUUAUAAAGAUGCACACGCACAUAUUGGGCUCUAUUAUCUAUCGGCUAUUAUUAAUUAUCAUUGAAUAUUAAUCUCACAAGUGAGCAAAAUUAAAAAUUAUGAAGAAAGUGGAAAUAAAUCGCUACUCAAUCUCAGAAGAAAUAACAAUUAACAUUAUAAAUUGCGAUUGUUUGCAGAAAUUCAAUUGUAUUAACAAUUUCGGCAAAAAAAAAAACAUUUUUUUUUUUCAAAU